GCAUUUAGUUUUGAUGUUUUUAAGUGUGUUUAGAAUUAAAAUAGUAUAUCAAUGAUAAAUGUGUGACAUUUGAACACCGUGAGUUAACAAUUACGUAAUAGACAAUAUUUUAAUUGGUGUAAGGUGAUUAUGUCUGUUUAUGUGUCGUCGUGUAUUUAUGUGUUUUGAUUUGUUUAAUAAAUAUCCCACCUGAUGAAUGUACAUAAUUCUUUAAAUUCAAAGUUCUUAAAAUACUGAGUUUACAAUCACUUUAUUUUCAUGAAAUCUGAAUAACUAUGACCUAACCUAAUGCAUAAAACAGAUUAGUGUAAAAUUAAUCAAUUUCAGGACCAUCUUUCAAGUGUUGUUGUUGUGCUCAGGUGGACCCCAAAUAAGGGGUUGUUUUUAAAUUUGACUGGGAGAUAGCUGUGGAAAUAUGGCCUUCAACGAGUGUUGAUGUCGAGAGAACGCGAAAUUGCUGACCUUCUACUUCCAGAGCAGAGAAUACUUUGUCAGCAGAAUCCAAUUUUGAGAGUCGAGUAACAUUUAGUUUGGGUGAGAGUAACUUUGUUUUUUUUAUUGCAUAGUCAUUACAUCUAGAUCUAUUUUAAUUCCCAAAUCCUCCUUAUUUCCUUUAAUUCUCAUAUUAAAAUAAAACCAAAUUGCUAACAUGGCCCCAGUUUUAUCUUUCGAAAAGGCCAUGGAUAUGGUACCUAGAUUUGAUGGCUGUGACCAUACUAAAUUAAGCGAAUUUUUAUACACAUGUUCAUAUAUUUUUGAUAAUAUUGAUCCCAGUGAUCAUUUACCCCUAUUAAAUUUUAUUUUACAUGUAAAGUUAGGUGGUCGUGCAAUGGAGGCUACACAAUACAAAACUUUAACAAAAUUUUCAGAUUUGAAAUCAUGUUUAGAAAAAAUUUAUUUUAAUGUCAGAUCAGUAGCUUCGUUACAAAUUGAAUUUAGUCAAUGCAGGCAGGGCUUUAAAGAAAAUGUUACAGAUUAUGCUUUUCGUUUUAGAAAUAUUUUAAGAGAAUUAACAGAUGCAACAAUUAGAGAAAAUAACAACCCUGCUACUGAUGCUUUUUGUUCACAAAUUUUAAAUAAACAAGCUUAUCAUGUUUUUAAAGAGGGUUUACACCCUGAACUUAAGACUAUUGUUAAAUGUAAGUCCACUGAUCUAGAUUCAGCUAUAUCGAUAGCAACGGAAGAAGAAGUUUCCUUAAAUUCAUCCUUAGUUUCAAAUAGAUAUAAUUUUCCAAGAACUCAUUUCAACUCAAAUCCCAACUUUAAUUCUAAUUCUAAUUUUUAUUCACAUCCUAAUUUUGAUCCAAAUUCCAAUUUUAAUUCUGAUUCAAAUUUUUAUCCAAAUUCUAAAUUUAAACCAAAUCCAAAUUUUAGUACCAAAAUUGAUUUUAAUCCUAAUUCUAAUUACAAUCCUGAUUCUUAUUUUAAUUCUAGUUAUAAUUACAAUCCUAAUCCUAGUUUCCAUUCUGAUAUUAAACCCGAAGUACUUAAAUGUAAUUAUUGCAAGCUUUCGGGUCAUAUAAUUAAAGAUUGUAGGAAAAGAAUUUUCAAUGAGCAACAACGCUCUAAAGUUAAUUUUAUUGAAAAGAUAGAUAAGCCGAACACCAGCAAGGAAGAGAUUUGCAAAGCAGGUGAACUAAGAACAGUUCAACUUUCUUGUAUUUCAAAUAAAAAUGAUUUAGUUUAUGCUAAUUUAAAUUUCCUAGAUACCGAGAAGGACCAGGUUAACAUGUUAGUUGACACUGGUGCCGAAAUUAGUAUCAUUAAAAUUUCCAAGUUAAAAGAUAGCAUAGACAUUAAAACUAGUAUAGAAAAUAAAUUUAGCAUCACUGGUGUGUCGGGUAAGGCUGUAGAUAGUUUAGGAAAAGCAAAUUUAAGAAUUUUAUUAGGUGAUAAGAUAGUUCGACACGAUUUUAGUAUAGUUAGAGAUGACCUCUCUAUUAAUAGUGAUGGCAUUUUAGGUUUAGAUUUUUUAAAAACAUUUAAUGGUAAAAUCAAUUUUCCAGAGUCUAAGUUAAUUUUUGAUACUGUAUAUUUUAAAUUAAACUUCAAUUCAGAAACAAAAUUAAAUUCAAAUUCUAAAUUCAUAGCUAGGAUAGUAAGUAAUAUUAAUUCUUUAGAAACAUUAGAAAAGUCGAAUAUUAGUAAAGAUGUAUAUAUUCCAAAUUUUCAAAUUUCCAGAAACUCUGAAUCUUCUAAUUUUAUACUUGUUCCAUUUAUAUUCUUAGUUUUUCUUUUUGCUGAAAUUAUGUAA